UACCUUGUAGUUCAGUCGAGUGACAAACUUUGUCUAACAAUCAUGUAUAAUCCACAAGAGAAGAACAUCGAUUUGAUCCGUGAAUACUUUCCUAGCUAUAACACAGCUAGAUUUCAAGAUCAGCCGGAACCCAAUGUGGCUGUACAAGACCACUUUCUGCGCGUUACCUCUCAGCACACGCAAGAGCUGACGACCAAAUCUGACAUCAAAGUUCACAAUUUGCGUUAUGGCGGCACGGAUGAUAGACGACUAGUUGAUGUUUUCUAUAAGGACGGCACGGCGGAGCAGCCUUCGCCUCUCUUUGUUUAUGUCCAUGGCGGCUAUUGGCAGAUGCUUGAUAAAUCGCAUUCGUGUUCGAUUGUCGGGCCUCUGGUGCGUCGUGGCUAUCGUGUCGCCGUCAUGGACUACAAUAACUGUCCCCAGGUGACACUGGCGCAGCUACUGCAGCAGUUUACCGACUUUUUGCUAUGGAUUUUCAACUAUGCAGAUGAAACGAAAGCAACAGAGAUUAGUUUUGCAGGUCAUUCGGCUGGUGCACACCUCCUCGCUCAAUUGUUACAUGUUCCAUCAUUGAUUUCGGAGGAGCGCCGCCAGAAAGUGGGCGUCUUAUUUUUUAUAUCCGGUGUUUAUGAUUUGCGCGAACUUUGGCAACUCGAUCCCGUGAAUCCCAAUAAUAUCUUUGGCCUGAAUGCUGACAGUGCCAAGGAGCUGUCGCCCAUUUUAUGGCCCUGGCCUGCUGAUAGUCCAUUCUGGUCUGGCGUCCACUCGCAUGUUAUAGCUGCAGAACACGAGAGCGUGACCUUCAUCGAGCAAAGUCGCGUUUUCGCCAAGAAUUUGCAGGAUGCUGGAUUUAAAGUUACAUUCAAGAUUUUCGAUAAGUAUGAUCAUUUCGAUAUUAUCGAGGAAACCGUCCUCGACAAUUCACCCAUAACUAGCUAUCUGCUUGGAGCGCUCAAGGCGGAAGCUUCAAGCUAAACGCCGAUAGUUUCG